AUGCGAUAUAUAUCAGCCUUCGAUUACGAAUCUUCACGCUUCAAAAUCAUCACGUUGCCUGCUAGUAACCGCGUGGAUCUCGUUUACCAUUUUCAAACGCAUUAUGGUGCAAAAUAUGACAUCAAAGUAUCUACGAACUUUCCCGGGUCGAAAGCGACAGAGGCUGUCACAUACAAAGUCCCAAAUUUCCUCCAACCGUAUAAAGUUCGGGUCACGUCGAACCCAGAGGCUGGAGCUUUCAUGAUCUAUUGGCAAGAGCCCUACUUACCUUAUUUCAUAGACAGGCUCUACUACGAGAGGAAUUUGUUGUUCAUGGCGAAGAAGGCAAAGAUAACUUGUGUCUACCCUCAACUUCAGCAGAAGUAGAAUUCAUUGAACAAGUGCAUAGUCAACCAUCUGUUUCUCUACCUUGUGUAAUAGCACAAAUUCAAACGAGUAAUGUGUUAUCAUCAAACACGCCAAGAAAGCAGAGACUGCGACUGAAGACAGCAACGUUGAGAAAACGUUUGUUUGGUGCAAAAAGAAGAAAAAUAAUUACCUACUCAUUAUUUAAUAUUUUUUAUAAGUACCGUUUAUAUAAUUAUUCUAUAUUUUCGUUUGUAUAUUAGGAUAUAGCUAUUUUAAUAAAGCUACUUAUCUAUGUAUUAUAAAGGGUGUCUGUAAAAG